AUGUGGAAGAAGGAAUCUGAUCGCUUCGAGUAUUUACAAACACUCGUCACGGAGUUUCAGGACACCGACAGCGAUGAGGCAAAGGAGCAAGUUCUGGCCAACUUGGCGAACUUUGCUUAUGACCCGAGGAACAUCGAGCACCUAAAGCAGCUUCAGGUCGCUGAUCUCUUCCUAGACAUGCUCACAGAGGAGAAUGACAACUUUGUGGAGUUUGGAAUAGGAGGGCUUUGCAACCUCAGCAUGGACCCGGAAUGUCGUGACCUCCUCCUCCAGAGCGAUGCCAUCCCCCUAGUAACAAAUUGUUUGUCCAGUCCUCGGGAGGAGACUGUCCUCUCAGCCAUCGGAGCCCUCAUGAACCUGGUCACGCCGACGUCGGGCCAGUAUGUCACGGAUGUGGCUAUAGUUGAGUGCAUGGUGCGUUUCUCAAUGUGCGAGAGCCCACGCUUGCGCAACCUUGCCGAGGUCUUUCUGCAGGAUUGCUGCAGUGAUGACCAAGUCUCCCGAGCCCGGCAGGACAUGAUGGGACGAACACAGACUGCGCUUGGUAUCCCGCUGCCAAAAGACUGA